GCCGCUGCCGCCGCCACCGCGGGAGCCCGAGCUGCCGGGCGGAGCGGAGGGGGAGAGGCGUCCGCGCCAGGCUGGAACCGGAGGGCGGGCGGCGGAGCGCGCAGUUGCUGGGAAUUUCGCAGUGGAGAUCGGCGAGCGAUCCAGCGGGGAGCCCCGGCAGCCGGAGGGAGCGCCAGCGCCCGGGCGAGCCGAGCGAGCCGCGACCUCCGAGCUGGAGCUGGAGAGCCCGGGGCUCCCGGAGGAAAUGGGACUGGGAACCGAGCGGGGAGCGCGAGGGGAAGGAAGCCGCCGCCGAGAUUGCUGAUGUCAGAGGAGCCCGGAAAGUCGCGCUGGAAAAAUCUGAAGACAGCCGGGGGUGCUGCUUCUCCCUCCGGGAGAGACGCCGCCGGCCACCCCUCCUCGGCCCCGGGGCGCCCCGGGGAGCGUCGGGGAACCGGCCCCAGCCCCCGGCGGGGCGGCUGCGGGGCGGCGGAGGACGGAGGGGCGCGCUGACCGGAGAUCCAGGGGCCACUUCAGGAAUACAGAUAAGUGGCUGGUGGCUUGACGUGGAUUUUAAUGAAUUUGGACUCCGUGUGGAUUUCGCUGUCCCCGUGAUCCCGAGCUGCGAGCAGGGUAGAGGGGCGCACGCCUGUCCUGGGCAGCCAGCGGCCGAGGCGGACCCAGCCACAGACGGAAGGACAGACCCACGUACCCCCUCCCCGAGCUGGAACCAUGUGAGGGCUGCCCCAGGACGGCGGAGUAGAACACAGAGGGGCCAUCUCCUCAGCGUCGCCCCCUUCAGGAUGGAACCGCGGAGGCCCUGGCCCUGGGCCCCGCAGGCUGACAGCUGGUCUGUGGUUCUCCUCUCCUUGGUCUGGGCACUGCUGACUCCCUCGGCUGCUGGCAUGCCCCAGUUCAGUACUUUCCAUUCCGAGAACCGUGACUGGACCUUCAACCACUUGACUGUCCACCGAGGGACAGGGGCCGUGUAUGUGGGGGCCAUCAACCGGGUCUACAAGCUGACGGGCAACCUGACCAUCCAGGUGGCUCACAAGACAGGGCCGGAAGAGGACAACAAAUCCUGCUACCCGCCUCUCAUCGUGCAGCCCUGCAGCGAGGUGCUCACCCUCACCAACAAUGUCAACAAGCUUCUCCUCAUCGAUUACUCUGAGAACCGCCUGCUGGCCUGCGGCAGCCUCUACCAGGGGGUCUGCAAGCUGCUGAGGCUGGACGACCUCUUCAUCCUGGUGGAGCCGUCCCAUAAGAAGGAGCAUUACCUGUCCAGUGUCAACAAGACGGGCACCAUGUACGGCGUGAUCGUGCGCUCUGAGGGCGAGGAUGGCAAGCUCUUCAUCGGCACCGCGGUGGAUGGCAAACAGGAUUACUUUCCCACGCUGUCCAGCCGGAAGCUACCCCGGGACCCCGAGUCCUCAGCCAUGCUUGACUACGAGCUCCACAGUGAUUUUGUCUCCUCCCUGAUCAAGAUCCCCUCUGACACCCUGGCCUUAGUCUCCCACUUUGACAUCUUCUACAUCUAUGGCUUUGCCAGUGGGGGCUUCGUCUACUUCCUCACUGUCCAGCCUGAGACCCCCGAGGGCGUGGCCAUCAACUCAGCGGGAGACCUCUUCUACACCUCGCGCAUCGUGCGGCUCUGCAAGGAUGACCCUAAGUUCCACUCCUAUGUGUCCCUGCCCUUCGGAUGUACCCGCGCUGGGGUGGAAUACCGUCUGCUACAGGCCGCUUACCUGGCCAAGCCGGGGGCCGCCCUGGCUCAGGCCUUCAACAUCAGCGGCCAGGAUGAUGUGCUCUUUGCCAUCUUCUCCAAAGGGCAGAAGCAGUACCACCACCCUCCCGACGACUCUGCGCUCUGUGCCUUCCCCAUCAGGGCCAUCAAUCUGCAGAUCAAAGAGCGCCUGCAGUCCUGCUACCAGGGGGAGGGCAACCUGGAGCUCAACUGGCUGCUGGGGAAGGAUGUCCAGUGCACCAAGGCGCCGGUGCCCAUUGAUGAUAACUUCUGUGGCCUGGACAUCAACCAGCCUCUUGGAGGUUCAACCCCAGUGGAGGGUCUGACACUGUACACGACCAGCAAGGACCGAAUGACCUCUGUGGCCUCCUAUGUUUACAAUGGCUACAGCGUGGUUUUUGUGGGGACUAAGAGCGGCAAGCUGAAAAAGAUUCGAGCUGAUGGUCCCCCUCAUGGUGGGGUACAGUAUGAGAUGGUCUCCGUGUUCAAAGAUGGGAGCCCCAUCCUCCGAGACAUGGCCUUUUCCAUUGAUCAACGCUACCUGUAUGUCAUGUCUGAGAGACAGGUCACCAGAGUCCCCGUGGAGUCAUGUGAACAGUACACAACUUGUGGGGAAUGCCUGAGUUCGGGGGACCCUCACUGUGGCUGGUGCGCCCUGCACAACAUGUGCUCCCGCAGGGACAAAUGCCAAAGGGCCUGGGAACCAAAUCGAUUUGCUGCCAGCAUCAGCCAAUGCCUGAGCGUCGCAGUGCAACCUGGCAGCAUCUCUGUGUCAGAGCACAGCCAGUUGCUCAGCCUGGUGGUAAGCGAUGCUCCUGAUUUGUCUGCGGGGAUCUCUUGUGCCUUCGGGAACCUGACAGAGGUAGAGGGGAAAGUAUCUGGAAGCCAGGUCAUCUGUGUCUCACCUGGGCCCAAAGAUGUCCCUGCUAUCCCUCUGGAUCAAGACUGGUUUGGGCUGGAGCUGCAGCUGAGGUCCAAAGAAACAGGGAAGAUAUUUGUCAGUACCGAGUUCAAGUUUUACAACUGCAGUGCCCACCAACUGUGCCUGUCCUGUGUCAACAGCGCCUUCCGCUGCCAUUGGUGCAAGUAUCGCAACCUCUGUACCCAUGACCCUACCACCUGCUCCUUCCAAGAGGGCCGCAUCAACAUUUCUGAGGACUGUCCACAGCUGGUGCCCACAGAGGAGAUCCUGAUCCCGGUGGGAGAGGUGAAACCCAUCACGCUGAAGGCUCGAAACCUGCCCCAGCCCCAGUCCGGGCAACGAGGCUACGAGUGCGUGCUGAACAUCCAGGGGGCCGUCCACCGGGUCCCCGCCCUGCGCUUCAACAGCUCCAGUGUCCAGUGCCAGAACAGCUCGUACCAGUAUGACGGCAUGGAUAUCAGCAACCUGGCUGUGGAUUUCGCCGUGGUGUGGAAUGGCAAUUUCAUCAUUGACAACCCCCAGGACCUGAAAGUGCACCUCUACAAGUGUGCGGCCCAGCGUGAGAGCUGCGGCCUCUGCCUCAAGGCUGACCGCAAGUUCGAGUGUGGCUGGUGUAGCGGCGAGCGCAGAUGUACCCUCCACCAGCACUGCACCAGCCCCUCCAGCCCCUGGCUUGAUUGGUCCAGCCACAACGUCAAGUGUUCCAAUCCCCAAAUCACAGAGAUUUUGACGGUGUCUGGACCCCCUGAGGGAGGAACACGAGUGACCAUCCACGGUGUGAACCUGGGCUUGGACUUCUCCGAGAUCGCUCACCACGUGCAGGUGGCUGGGGUGCCCUGUACGCCCCUUCCUGGAGAAUACAUCAUCGCUGAGCAGAUCGUCUGCGAGAUGGGCCACGCUCUCAUAGGAACCACCUCUGGACCCGUGCGCCUGUGCAUAGGGGAGUGUAAGCCAGAGUUCAUGACCAAGUCCCACCAGCAGUACACCUUCGUGAACCCUUCCGUGCUGUCACUCAACCCCAUCCGAGGACCAGAGUCAGGAGGCACCAUGGUUACGAUCACAGGCCAUUACCUUGGAGCUGGGAGCAGCGUGGCAGUCUAUCUGGGCAACCAGACCUGCGAGUUCUAUGGGAGGUCAAUGAAUGAGAUUGUGUGUGUCUCCCCUCCCUCAUCCAACGGCCUGGGCCCAGUUCCGGUUUCUGUGAGUGUUGACAGAGCCCGUGUGGAUAACAGCCUGCAGUUUGAGUACAUAGAUGACCCCCGGGUGCAGCGCAUUGAGCCAGAGUGGAGCAUCACCAGUGGCCACACACCGCUGACCAUCACAGGCUUCAACCUGGAUGUCAUUCAGGAGCCGAGGAUCAGAGUCAAGUUUAACGGCAAAGAAUCGGUCAAUGUGUGUAAAGUGGUGAACACAACUACCCUGACCUGCCUGGCACCCUCUCUCACCACCGACUACCGCCCAGGCCUAGACGCCGUGGAGAGGCCAGAUGAAUUUGGGUUUCUCUUUAACAACGUCCAGUCCUUGCUCAUUUACAAUGACACCAAGUUCAUCUACUACCCCAACCCCACGUUUGAGCUGCUCAGCCCUACUGGAGUCUUGGAUCAGAAGCCGGGGUCACCCAUCAUCCUAAAGGGCAAAAACCUCUGCCCUCCAGCCUCUGGAGGGGCCAAACUCAACUACACGGUGCUGAUCGGAGAAACCCCUUGCGCUGUCACCGUGUCCGAGACGCAGCUCCUGUGCGAACCUCCCAACCUCACAGGGCAGCACAAGGUCAUGGUUCACGUGGGCGGGAUGGUGUUCUCCCCUGGCUCCGUCAGUGUCAUCUCAGACAGCUUGCUGACCCUGCCGGCCAUCGUCAGCAUCGCGGCGGGCGGCAGCCUUCUGCUCAUCAUCGUCAUCAUCGUCCUCAUCGCCUACAAGCGCAAGUCCCGGGAAAACGACCUGACACUCAAGCGACUCCAAAUGCAGAUGGACAACCUGGAGUCGCGCGUGGCCCUGGAGUGUAAGGAGGCUUUCGCUGAGCUCCAGACGGACAUCAAUGAGCUAACCAGUGACCUAGACCGCUCAGGAAUCCCCUACCUGGACUAUCGCACCUAUGCUAUGCGAGUCCUGUUUCCAGGCAUCGAGGACCAUCCUGUCCUGCGUGAGCUGGAGGUGCAGGGGAAUGGGCAGCAGCACGUGGAGAAAGCCCUGAAGCUCUUCGCCCAGCUCAUCAACAACAAGGUGUUCCUGCUGACCUUCAUCCGCACGCUGGAGCUGCAGCGCAGCUUCUCCAUGCGUGACCGGGGCAACGUGGCGUCGCUCAUCAUGACCGGCCUGCAGGGACGCCUGGAGUACGCCACUGACGUCCUCAAGCAGUUGCUGUCCGACCUCAUCGACAAGAACCUGGAGAACAAGAACCACCCCAAGCUGCUGCUCCGGAGGACCGAGUCUGUGGCUGAAAAGAUGCUAACCAACUGGUUUGCUUUCCUCCUGCACAAGUUCCUGAAGGAAUGUGCCGGGGAGCCACUCUUCAUGCUCUACUGCGCCAUCAAGCAGCAGAUGGAGAAGGGCCCCAUUGACGCCAUCACAGGCGAGGCCCGCUACUCCCUGAGCGAGGACAAGCUCAUCCGGCAGCAGAUCGAGUACAAGACUCUGAUCCUGAACUGUGUCAACCCAGACAACGAGAACAGCCCAGAAAUCCCAGUGAAGGUGUUGAACUGUGACACCAUCACGCAAGUCAAGGAGAAGAUUCUCGAUGCGGUGUAUAAGAAUGUGCCCUACUCCCAGAGGCCCAGGGCUGUUGACAUGGACUUGGAGUGGCGCCAAGGCCGAAUCGCCCGGGUUGUGCUACAAGAUGAGGACAUCACCACCAAGAUCGAGGGCGACUGGAAGCGGCUCAACACACUGAUGCACUACCAGGUGUCAGACAGGUCGGUGGUGGCUCUGGUCCCCAAGCAGACCUCCUCCUACAACAUCCCUGCCUCGGCCAGCAUCUCACGGACAUCCAUCAGCAGAUACGACUCCUCCUUCAGGUACACGGGCAGCCCUGAUAGCCUGCGGUCCCGAGCUCCUAUGAUCACCCCAGACCUGGAGAGUGGGGUCAAAGUGUGGCAUCUGGUGAAGAACCAUGACCACGGCGACCAGAAGGAGGGUGACCGGGGCAGCAAGAUGGUGUCUGAGAUCUACCUGACCCGGCUCCUGGCCACCAAGGGUACCCUGCAGAAGUUUGUGGAUGACUUGUUUGAGACCUUGUUCAGCACUGUGCACCGAGGCAGCGCUCUCCCCCUGGCCAUCAAAUACAUGUUUGAUUUCCUGGAUGAACAGGCAGACAGGCACAGCAUCCACGACACAGAUGUGCGGCACACCUGGAAAAGCAACUGCCUCCCUCUGCGCUUCUGGGUGAAUGUCAUCAAGAACCCCCAGUUCGUAUUUGACAUUCACAAGGGUAGCAUCACCGAUGCCUGCCUAUCUGUGGUGGCCCAGACCUUCAUGGACUCCUGCUCCACGUCGGAGCAUCGGCUGGGCAAAGACUCCCCCUCCAACAAGCUGCUGUAUGCCAAGGACAUCCCCAGCUACAAGAGUUGGGUGGAAAGAUACUAUGCAGACAUCGCCAAGCUCCCAGCCAUCAGUGACCAGGACAUGAACGCCUACCUCGCCGAGCAGUCCCGCCUGCAUGCCGUGGAGUUCAACAUGCUGAGUGCCCUCAAUGAGAUUUACUCAUACGUCAGCAAGUAUAGCGAGGAGCUGAUUGGGGCGCUAGAGCAGGAUGAGCAGGCUCGGAGGCAGCGGCUCGCGUACAAGGUAGAGCAGCUCAUCAACGCCAUGUCCAUCGAGAGCUGAGAGGAGGACCUCGCGUUCCUGGGAAGAGGGACCUGUCCAUGCUGUCACACUGGAGUCUCACAAGGAAGGACACGUGAAAGGGGGUCCAGGCCCCAGUGCUUGCAGUGCCCUGAGACGCCCCCACCCUGGGAAGAGGCGACGCCAAGCCAACUUCCCUCAUCGCCAGUUCCUGCCAGGAAGGACCCAGGGCGUCAUCCAUCGGCAGAGAGGACCGGGGACGCCGGGCGGGCGAGGAGAUGGUGGCUCUUCAAGCCGAGAGGCUCGGGCCUCUGUGACUGCUGCUUUGCAUGAAAACUCAUUCGAUGUAUAUUGGGGAAAAUAAUAAGAACUUUAUUUAAUUUUUUUUAAGAAAAAGGGAAAAAAAAAACACAGAAAUAAAACAAAAAGCCACACCCCUUUCAUCCCGUCCAACUUUUGUUUGAAUUCUGAUUUCUGUCCCCCUUCUUUCUGUCCUCCAUCUUUCCUUCCUCAUGUAACUCUUCUCUCCAAUGUCAGAAAAAGCCGGAAAAAGAGAUGGUGAAAGAACAUGGCAGGGGGGGAAAAAUGAUCUCCUUUCCUACAACUUGGAAACACAAAAGGAGGAGGAGAAUGAAUGAGCACAAGUUCUCACCCAAUUCUUCGCGAACAGAGAGGCCAGUAAAACUCAGAGCCAUCCACCCCAGCAGCCAGACAAGUGUGGGACCUACAAGACCUCCGCACAAAUUCCAAAAACGGCGUGGAGACAACGGCUUUACGAACCACACCGGUACACGCCCAUCUCUUGAGGGAGGACUCUGCUUUUUUCUUGCCACUGUGUUUUAUUUCAUUCCAAACCUCAACAAGUUAAAAAAAAAAAAAAAAAAGCUGGUCUUUGGCACCUUCCUCUUGGUUUCCCCGGAGUUAAUAGAAGAAGUCGGGGAGUCAGGGAAAGGGGGAGCACACACCCCCCUCCCCGCCCCCUGAGAACCCCAGUAAGCUCUGCUCCAUGUCAGCCAGGCGUCCUGUGGUUGUGUGGACCAGGCUUCCAGAAGUUCUCUUUGGGAGUUGACUUAGGGACACGGAGAGCUGGGUUUGGAUUCUACUCCAGUCAUCUGGUGGUUUCUGGCAAAAUAAAAAAAGAAACAAAGAAAAAUCGAACACUGUUUACAGCAAGCAAUACUUAAAAGGAGUGUGGAUUUGAAGAAGCUGCAGUUAUUUAUUAUUACACUUUCUUCCCCUCGUGCCUGGAGCUGGGAGACAGCCCUUCUUCCCUUCAUUCAGACUGCGAGCUCCUGCCCACACGGGCCUACCGUCCUUGCCUCAGAAGAAAUGGCGGUGGCAUCCCCACGUCACUGUCACCUUCUGCCUCUCAUGGACCAGUGAGGGUGAAGGACAAGUGGAUGGUUUCUCACUGGGAUGCUUUCCUUCCCUCUUUCUCCUGUGGGCACCUAAGCCAUGGAUUGCCAGCUCUCCUGAUUGGAGUUUCUAGAGACCAAAGCUCCAUACUUGGAUGCAAAGGCCUCAAAGAAUCCGGCAGGAGUCUCCCAGACCGAUCUACGGGCAGAUCUACAGGCAGCAGGACUGUGGUGACCAGUGUCCGUCAGAGAGCCAGAACUGCAACCAAUGGAUCCAAUCAGCCAAUUCAACUUCCUUGUCAACACCAUUGGAGUUGGGGUAGGAGGAGGAAAGAAAGAGAUGGAGCUAGAGGGUCAGGAGAGAAGCAAUCUUCCCCUCUUCACCUUCUGCUUUUUUCCAGGGGGGGCUUAGACUAGCAUGUUGGAAACUGGAUCAGCUAUCUCAAGAGAGACUGGACCAGGGUCAUUUCCCUUGCAUUCAACAGCUUCUCAAUGCCCUCCAGGCAUUUCCAGUUUUCUAUGGCUCUAAUGACCACAUGUGAUUCCCAGGAAGGGGCAGGGGGAGGGAGCCAGGAAGGCUGGCCUCCGUCCCUGGCGUGUGGCUUUGGAUUGCCUGCUCACCACACAGCAGACGCCUGAGCUCUUCAGCUCCAGUUUCUCGCCUGAAUGCAGCUGACAAUGGGAAGAGAAAAGCAUUCAGCAAAAUACUCAGGAAACUUGCUGUUUUCAUUCUAAUUCACAAGCAGCCAUGCCAAGGCCACUUUCAUCUGAUAAUCUACUUCUGUUCAAGUUUCUUGGGGUCCUAUUAAUGGCCUGAAAGAAAUACUAAUGACCGGCCUUCCACACUAAGCCAAAGCGUUUGCUCUUCACAGCACCCAAAGCUUAUGAGCUCCAAGCCCAUCAUUUAUGGAAAUAAAAGGAGAAGGGAAAAGAAUGUACGCAGGAAACUUUAUGCUACCCAUGAAAAAUUCCAGCCCAGGGACCUGUCACUUGUGAGCUCUGUUUGAAGGGAGAUUUCCUGAGCACACCGCCGCUCUCCAGCAUCCAGGGCUGACGUUUCACCGAGAAUCGCCAUCGAAGAAGCAGAAGGAAACCCAGACACCUCUUUCUACAGCAUCUUUCCCAGCCCUUGUAUAUCCACCUUGCGUCUCACAGCAGCUCCUCUGAGGACCAUUCGUUCUCCCCCACCCCCCCAUUCGGGGUUAUUCCUUGAAGGUAUUUAUGAAGAACGAUGGGAAGGCACAGACCACUGGAGAGUAGAAAGAGCUAGAGCCAGCAGUAAGUGCUCUGGCCACAUUGCUCAGGAUUCCAUAAGAGAAUUGGGGACUUGGGCUGACAGAAGAGGUGGUGAGAGGGAUAGCCUUAAACGAAGAAGAGGGCGAAGUCAGUGCGACACAGGCCAGCGCAUGAAUGGCUUCAGAGGCGUACCCCAUUCUAACUUCCUAUCACUCUGUCCUCCUUCCAACCAACCUUCGCUCGGGCCUCCAAAGCUCAGUGGAGUCCUCGCCUCAUAGACUUAGAGGUGAGAGGCCUCUGCUUGGCUUCUGCUCUUGCUGUUAUGCAACUUGAGACUAUUUGGGCCUUGUGUGUAGAAGUAUUAAAGCCACAGCCCUCUCUACAAGAAGCCAUCCAUCUGGGAGAGUGGGGGAUGGAGGGCCGGAAGCCUCUCUCUAAAGUCUUUCCAGUUUUGCUUUGUUUUGUUGAGCUGCUCAAGAAACAAUCUGUGGGAAAGGAACAGGACUCGAGGAUGCCAGUGAACAAGAUGGGAAGCGAGUCCCUCCAGCUGGACCCUGCCACCCCUCCCCUGCAGUCCACGUGCUGGGCCCUGUCGCCACCUCCCUCCAUCUGGGUGGGUCAGGUGCUUCCAUGCUGGACAUCCUACCUCUUUCCACGGUGCGUCUCUCAGAACCGUUUCUGAUCCCCCUCUUCUCAUGGAGUUCAGUCACUGAAGACAUGGGUGGCCCAUGAGCCUCAGGAAAAGCUAACUGUUCCUUGCGUCCAUCCAUUUGGGGGAAUCUUCUUAAGCAGCCACCUGCCAGGCAUUGUUUGGGGAUGAAGAAGACUAAGACGGGUCCUUCGUCUAGCAAAUGAAUAUUUUUCGGGUUGCUGACCACAGGGCAGCAGGCACAGUGUCCCCCACCCCCCCUCCCCACCACUGACAGAAGACACCGGUUGUAUCAGAAGAGGGAUGAAGAAGGAAAAAGCUGACCCACCCAGCUGCCUUACCUUACACUGGGGACAGUACCCCCAGCAUUGAGAGCUGCUCUUGUUUCCGUCACUCUAGGCUUUUCUGGUGGCACCUCCCCCGCGACCUUCCCUCAAUUCUACCAAAUGAAGACAAGACAUCGUCAUCAAGACCCCUGGUACUGCUGAGCAUGAAGCAGAGGCAAGACUGGUGUGCAAAGACU